AACUACCAAAGGCAUCUGGAUGGCACGCUGUGUUGGUGUUGAGCCCUGUACUGUUGUAAUGGAUUUGGAAGGUACUGAUGGAAGAGAAAGAGGAGAGGAUGAUACGGCAUUUGAGAAGCAAAGUUCAUUAUUUGCUCUUGCGAUUUCCGACAUAGUUCUGAUUAACAUGUGGUGCCAUGAUAUUGGUCGGGAGCAAGCUGCUAAUAAACCUCUUCUAAAGACAGUAUUUCAGGUCAUGAUGCGUUUGUUCAGUCCCAGGAAGACAACACUAUUAUUUGUUAUACGCGAUAAAACAAGGACUCCACUUGAACAUCUAGAACCAGUUCUAAGGGAGGAUAUUCAAAAGAUAUGGAACUCGGUUCCUAAGCCAGAGGCACACAAGGAUACCCCUCUCAGUGAAUUUUUUAAUGUCGAAGUCACCGCAUUGCCCAGUUUUGAAGAAAAAGAAGAACAAUUCAGAGAGCAGGUUCAACAACUUAGGCAGAGAUUUGCAAAUUCAAUUGCACCAGGAGGUCUUGCAGGUGAUAGGAGAGGAGUUGUUCCUGCUUCAGGUUUUUUGUUUAGUUCACAGCAGAUUUGGAAAAUUAUCCGAGAGAACAAGGAUCUUGAUCUUCCUGCUCAUAAGGUAAUGGUUGCUACUGUUCGCUGUGAUGAAAUUGCAAAUGAGAGGUUUGGCUGCCUAACCUCGGAUGCUGAAUGGCUAGAUUUGGAGAAUGAUGUACAGGCUGGUUCAGUACUCGGUUUUGGGAAAAAACUUGGAUCUAUUGUGGAGGUCCACAUGGAAGAGUAUGACAAAGAAGCUGUCUAUUUUGAUGAAGCUGUUAGGAAGGCCAAACGGCAACUGCUGGAAUCUAGAAUACUGAAUCUUGUCCAGCCUGCAUUCCAGAAAAAUUUGAGUCAUCUACGUACUAAGGCUCUUGAAAAAUUUAAAACCGGCCUUGAUCAAUCUCUUGAGAGUGGAAAAGGUUUCGCAGCAUCUGUUCGAGAAACUACUGAAUCCUCUCUCAGUGAAUUUAAUCAAGGGUGCGCAGAUUCUGUAAUCAAGCAGGCGGAUUGGGACUACUCUAAAAUCCUAGAGAAAGUUCGGCGUGAUAUUGAAGACCAUGCACUUUCAGUUCGUGAAAGCAAGCUAACAGAACUAACAAAUCAUGCUAAGGAGAAACUAAGAAAAGCACUUGUUGAACCUGUGGAAUCUCUUUUUGAUGCCGCCGGCCAAACAACUUGGGCAUCAAUAGAAAGCCUCUAUAAACGUGAGACGCAGGCCAUCCUGCCAGAGGUUUUUAAAGCCCUUUCUGGGUUUGAAAUGGGAAGCGAAUUCUCAGAAGAAAUGGUGUCAAAAUUAAGGGAUUAUGGUCAAAGCAUUGUGGAAAAUAAGGCUAAAGAAGAAGCUAGCAAAAUUUUGAUGCAUAUGAAGGAAAGGUUCACAGUGGUGUUUAGUCAUGACAAGGACUCAAUGCCAAGGACCUGGACAGGAAAGGAAGAUGUCCGUGCAAUAGCAAAGGAGGCUCGAUCUGCUGCUCUCAAACUUCUGUCUGUAUUAGCCGUCAUUCGCUGGGAUGACAAGCCAGAUAGGAUUGAAAACAUUCUGAUUUCCACACUUCUAGAUGGUUCUGUUGCGUCAAUGAGUUCAAGUGCUUCUUCUGGUGACCCGCUUGCUUCAACUAGCUGGGAAGAGGUUCAUCCAAAGCAUACGCUUAUUACUCCAGCUCAGUGCAAGUCAGUGUGGAAGCAGUUCCAAUCAGAAACUGAGUUCACCAUUACACAAGCAGUAUCAACGCAGCAAGCUCACAGGCGCGGUAAUGGCAGACUGCCUCCUCCUUGGGCGCUGGUUGCUAUGGCAGUUCUUGGUUUUGAUGAGAUCAUGAUGCUUCUGAGGAAUCCUAUAUACGUGUUCUUGCUAUUUGUGGGUUAUUUACUUGUCAGAGCUUUAGCAGUGCAGCUAGAUAUUGGCAGAGAAUUCCAAAAUGGAAUGGUUCCUGGGAUCCUAUCUGUUUCAGCAAAACUACUACCCACUCUGCAGAAUCUUCUAAACAAAGUCGCAACUGAUCAGCAGCAUCCGCCGCAACAACAAGGGCAGCAGCACCGCCCUCCGGCCGCAGAAGCUCCGGAGGCACAGCAACCGCCACCUCCGCUACUCCUGAGCCCCAAAAGCUCGAUGAGUGAACUGCGGAGGCUACACACGCCGCCGAGCCCGGUGCGCAGAUCGGUAUCGUCCCCGUCACACUCCUCACCGCCGUCACCCAAGGCGUCACCCCGCAAAGUGGCAGAGGACCAGAAACCAAGACGAGCACCUGACAACGAGUCCAGCAGUGCUUAUUCCAUAGUGUGAUCCCUGGGGGGUUUGAGCAUCUUUUCCCCCCAACUGAAUGCAUAUAGCAAACGAUCUUGGUGAGUAUAUACCCGGAGAGAAUAAUGUAGCACCCUUUCUCUCUUGCAAUUUUGUAAGGAAGGUUAUAAUGUGUAGAAGCAUGUCACCAUAUGACAUUUUCAUCAGCAUCGAACAUAUAAAGCCUUUUAGAGUACCCGCCAUUCUGGAGGCCUUCGCACGCGCGUGAUCGCUGGCCACUCGAUCAGCUCGCUCGCUCAUUUUUCACCAUUGAUUUUUACUAUUCACCGCUAGAUUUUGUUACACCUCGCGCUGCUUCGCUGGGUGGCUGCCAGUGGACCCAUAUAAUCAUUGGUCCAUGCUGCAGCGAAGGGCUCGUCGACUGGGUUCAUGACCAAUGACGCUCCCGGUGAAAAAGCCCUAGAUCGAGCGGUCAAAACAGAUCACGCCCUCAUCGAUUCCUUCCACUCCCUCACACCACCUCCCCUCCACCCGGCGGCGCCCGCUCCUUUCUCCCCACCCGCCUUCCUCCCCAUCUGGCGGCGCCUCCUCCCUCCUUCCCAUGGCCUCCCGCACCGCGCGCCACCGGCUAGCUGCACCACCACCGCAUCCUCAUAUACUCCAGUCCACUAUGCCAGCGAGAGAGGAAGCUGCGGGAGGAGGAGAGCCCAUCCCGUGAGGAAGACAUGGGGAGGAGCUCUACCCGUCUCAGUUGCCGGCCGGGAUCUGGAAGAAGAGGAGACCCAGUGCUGGCGUCGGCUCCAGCGAUGCGGGUUGACGGCCAGUGCAGGCGAGCGCGGCGUGCAGUGCGAUGCCCUAGACAGGUGGCAGCGGCCGUCAAGACAGGAGCGGCGCCGCGAGCGACGACCCUUGGUCGUCUUCAGGUGCGCGCCGUCCGUGGUGGCCGAUCAUGGGUGUUGGCUGGCGGGCGGAGGCCCAUGCAGCAGGCCGGUGCCCCUUAGCAAGAUUGGCACGAACUGGGAAGGCAACCGGUGUGUAGUAUGAUCCUCGCCUCCUCCAACUUCGUUAGGGUAGCACGUCUCUGUCCAUUCUCUUCUCCCGUCUCUGUGUAUGUGUGUGUGUUCGUCGUUUCUCCUUUCUUCUCUCAUGAAGAAGGGGCUGCUCAGUUUUGGAACAACAAACCAUGGAGGAUAUGGGUCUGCACGGGCUUGGAGCAGGAAGCCAUGGCGGCCAAGGUUGAAGAUGAUGGUGUUGUCUUCUUCCUUCUGAUUGAUUUCCAACAGCUUAAGAACUUGUGCGGUGGUGUCAACCUCUUAUCUCUCAGGGAAAAUCCUAAAGAAGCCUUGCUUUGCAUGGGAGCUGCAGUUCAUCUGGCUAAGUGCUCGUGCUAUGGAAGCGACGAGGGCUGUCGCAGUGUAGACAAGGUCAAUAUCAGGCUUUAUAACCAGACUGAGACAAUAAUUGCUUUGAAGAAUUUUAAAGUGGCUAUAUUAGUAAGAAUUUGAAGGCGGGCUAUGAAAGUCAGUAUGACAAUGCUAAUUUGCAAAACGAUGCUAAAUGCUAAGAUUUGACUCUACAAGUAAUCGAGUUGACCGUGUAACAUGCACCUAAUGCGAAUUUGCAUGUAUCCUCAUGUCUAGAACUCCAGAUUAUAGGUUUUGGUGUUCUCCAUGCCAUUUUUUCUCAUAAUCCCCGAGGGCUACCGAUUUGAUCUUUUGUUGUUCUUGGUGUACCGAUUUGGUAUUCUAUUUGUUCCUUGAUCCUCUUCCUUCACUUUUGUUCUACUAUUAUUUGGUUGUGUGUCUCUUCUGGUGUCCUGGAUGAAAAUAUGAGCAGCAAACAUCGUUGUGGUCUGAUGGAGAUGUAUUUGCCUAGAAACCAUUGUCUGACAGCUCGUCCAUUUUUUGUGAAAUUCUCAACGUCAAAUAACUGCGGACCUGAGCUGAGGGUGCUGCAGAUGGUUUCUAUUUGAUUUUUCUUUCCUAUGGAUUGGAGAUUGUCGUUCGCGGAUCCCGCUGAAUAUUUGUGAUGUUAAAAAGCAGUGGCCUGAUUCAUACAUUGAUGAGAUCUAUGUUAUCACUCUGAGGGAUCUGUCGCAACAACUUAUGAUUUUGUUAUUCGUUUUGUUUUUUCAGCUAUAUUUUUUUGCUAUCUGGUCUCUCUUUUGGCCUCUCGAUGAGUUGAUAAUUUUUUGACUUGAUUUGUUCUUUGUUGAUGAUUUUUGGUUUAAAAUCUUUCUCCAUGAAAAUCAUACAAGCAGAGGGGUGAUCUGAAUUGAUGCCAUGUUGAUAUGUCUACAUAAUACAUGCUUACCCUUGUGGUUGGCAUCCGAGAGAAAACAUUAUCUAUCUUUUCCAAUCUUCUCAAACAUUAUUUUCUUCUAUUUUUUGUCGUGUUUGCGCUUAGCUCAUGUUCUCCCUCUUAGUUGGAGUUUAGUGUUUUUACAGGACUCGGAUCUAAGAGGGACGCGUGGGUGCGGAUAGCGAGAUGGUUUACAGGACUCAGAUCUGAGAGGGACGCAGUCAAAUGGUCUAACCAAGUUUUCUUCAAUCCUCUGUUCUACAUUCUGGUUUUGAUGCCUUGCUGCCUUCGACAUUAAGGUGGGAAGCUUGGCUGAUUCCACCUCCAGUCAGAAGAUUAAUACAUCUAUGGUUUUAUUUUCCAUGCCAACAGCUUGAUUGAUGAUUCCUAAUGCAUCUCAGGUACUUGUUUAUGCACAACGCUUUCUACAGAUGGAUUCAUGGCAUCAACAACAUUUGCAUGCUUCAUUCUGGAUAAUUUACUCAUUUAUAUGCUUUCAAGAAUUUUGAUUUAUAAUUUUCAUUAUUAGCUACAUAAAGAUUCAUACCAUACUUGUGUGUGCUCUUUUUCUGUGUUACCUCAUUCUUGAAAUAGUUCACUUUCAGGAAAGUGUUAUCCUUUAGUUGUAAUUUGUGACAACUAAACACUUAAAUCUCAAGAGUGUAAAGGUUCACCCAAAAAAUUAAGUUUAAUGUAGCCUGGCUGGGCUUAUCUUAAUAGUUAGCUUAUCAGGAUUAACCUAUAGUCUAUAUAUAAGGUGGUUUAAAUCAGUCUCUCGUACAUAAAUUUGUUGUGCAAGCCCUGAAAAGGCCAGCUAGAGAUACUUCAAGGUUAUGGGGCCUUUACACAUUUGUCUGGUAAUUUGAUGUCUUUUAGAGCGGUCCUUUAACUGCUAAAUCCUAUGAACACUUGCGAAUACUAUAUGUUGUUGUUGUUAGGUUCUCUACCAGAAAUCACUCAGAUAUCAUCUUAUCCUCUUGUUCGCUGUUUUUUUUGUAACAUCUCAAUCUAGCCUAAGCUUAUUUUGGUAAUGACUCCUUUUUGAGGUUGCUAAGUUUGAUGGUCCUUUUAAUAGCACUCUUACUAUAUCACCGGAAUUUCUAAUCGUAAGUUUCUACUAUUAUCUCUCUACAGAAAAUAAUUGUUUCUGGAGGAAUGACCAUGCCACAGGUGAUUACCGCGCUAGGACCUGCCCUUGAUAAGAACCAGGGAACCCAUUUAAACAGAAUGAUGAUUGUGUGAGCCUUUAAAUAUCGCCAACACAUCAGGUAUUGGCAUCUAGAUGUUUACAACUACUAAAGGAACACCCAAGUCAUAGAUGAUGCUACAUCUGAUGUAUGAUUUGAAGAUUAGAAGCUGGAGCACAAGGAUUGUGUGAUGGAGUAAACAUUGGUUAUAUAUUUUAGGCGGGUCAGAUAUUAAAGUGGGGUGCUCACAUCGCACUUAGGUGGCUUAUGGAGAUUACUGAAAUUGGUUUGUGGGUGUUGUGUGCUCACACCGCACUCAUAAAAUUACUAUCAAGAUUUGAAGUUAGUUA